CGAGGCUCCGCCCACCGCUGCCGCUGCCGGAAGGAGCUGCACGUGGGUGGCCGCGAUGCCCAAGUCCAAGCGGGACAAGAGGGUCUCCUUAACCAAAACCACCAAGAAAGGUUUGGAAGUUAAGCAAAAGCUGAUAGAAGAGCUACGAAAAUGCGUGGACACCUACAAGCGUCUCUUCAUUUUCUCCGUUGCCAACAUGAGAAACAACAAACUGAAGGAUAUCCGCAGUGCUUGGAAACACAGCAGGAUAUUUUUUGGGAAGAAUAAAGUGAUGAUUGUGGCUCUGGGUCACAGCCCUUCGGAUGAAUACAAAGAUAACUUGCAUGAGGUCAGCAAGCAUCUGCGGGGAGAAGUUGGACUCCUUUUCACAAAUCGCAAGAAGGAUGAAGUUGUAAACUGGUUUUCCCAAUUCAGAGAGACUGAUUUUGCCCGGGCUGGAAACAAGGCCACCUUCACAGUCCAUUUGGAUAUGGGACCCCUGGAGCAGUUUUCCCAUUCCAUGGAACCUCAGCUGAGGCAGCUUGGAUUGCCCACCGCCCUAAAAAAAGGUGUAGUGACGCUUCUCUCUGAUUACGAGGUUUGCAAAGAGGGGGACAUCCUCACCCCAGAACAAGCUCGCAUCUUGAAACUUUUUGGAUACGCAAUGGCCGAGUUUAAUGUGGUGAUCAGGAGCAUGUGGGAUGCUGAGACGGGAGAAUUUGAACAGCUGGAGGCCCCCACAGGGGACCCUUCAGGCGAGAUGGAGGAGGAGGAGGAGGAAGAUGCAAGCAAUGAAGGAAACUAGAGCAGAAGAGAUACCAAUGGACUUGACUUUCUUAUGAGUUUCAUAACUGCUCUCCUCUUAAUGGAGGGCUGAACUAAUAAUUUAAAGAUACUGUCAUAAUAUGACGUUUUAAAGGGGUAUGUGUGUAUAUAGAUAUAUAUAUGUGUCUAUAAAAAUGUAUAAAAGAACUUACAGCAUGUUUGUUGUCUUUAUAACCGAUUAAAUUUUGUAGAACCAAU